AUGCCAUUUUCAUAUAAAGUCAUACAAAAUACGCUGCUGGAGUCACAGCGAGCCCCUGAUGCCCAGACCGUGCAAAGUUUUCAGACCGCACAAUCUGGGGAUCCGAGUCCUGGCGCCCCACAACUUCGGGGGCGACGCGAGGUCCAGUCCCCAGUCGCCCUCCCCGGUCCCGGCCCUCCGGGCAGCGUCCCGCGGACGGGCGCGGACGGGCGCGGCGGGACCGAGGCGGUUCCAGCCCGAGCGCCGGCCCGGAGGGGAGCCGCCCGAGCGCCCCGUUUCCCACAGACCCCAACAUGGCGUCGGCCGCCGCCGCCCGCGCCAACACCUCCCCGCGCCACGGCCAGCCCGGGCCCGCGGGGGCAGGCGCCCGCAAAGUUUCGCUUCUCCCUCCCCAGCCCGCCGCCGCCCAGUGCGCCCCGACCCCCACGGCACCUACCCGGCCCGACGCGGGCGGCGGCGCCGAGGGUGCGAGUCCUCCUCGUCGUCGCCGACUCCGGGCACGGACUCUGCCUGCUCCCCGGCCCCAGCCUCGCAGGGUGCGUGGGGCCCCGCGAGGCCGGCGCGAUCCGGACGCGGCGGGCGCAGCCGCUCGCAGGUGACUUCACCGCUCCUCCAGUCGAACCCGACAACGGCCGCCCGGGCUGGCUUCCCUCCUGCGCGCGCACUGGCGCGCCCCCGCCCAAGCGACAAACGCGGGCACGAGCACACCCGCCCUGCCCUUUCUUCCCGGUUCCCUCGCCCCGCCCAUCGCCUUGCCCUUCCCCUCCAUCCCCACGCGACCGCACAAGGGGCGGGGCCUUCCGCGGAGGCCACACCCACUGGGGGGCCUCUCCGGGCGGGGUUGUGGGACGCGUCUCUGUACAGAGGUGGUGCUCACCGGAGCCGGCUGAGGCAAUCCUGGGUCGCCUGACCUGA